CCACCCCGUUUCCUGUUCUGCUACCACUGUCCAUAUAAAAAUCUUUAAAGCUGACAUAGACAAAUACAGAAACUGAAAAAUAAAAAACUGACCUGAACAAAACAUCUUAGGUAAGAGAGAUGGAACUUUCUAGCUUACUAGUGUUGGUUUUAGUCUUUGCUGUAUUGAUGUUUGUCUGGUGGAAGAGAAAGUCGAGUGGAUUUUAUUUGCCCCCGGGGCCACUGGCACUGCCACUAAUUGGAAACUUACUAAUAAUGGACAAGCAUGCACCCUUUAAAAGCUUUAUGCAGUGGAGCAAAACCUAUGGGCCCGUGAUGACGGUGUACCUCGGGCCUCAGAGAGUGGUGGUUCUUGUCGGUUAUGAUGCAGUCAAAGAAGCUCUAGUGGACCAGGCAGAAGACUUUUCAUCAAGAGCCCCCAUUCCCUUUCCGAACAGAGUUUUGAAAGGCUACGGUUUGGCCAUCAGUAAUGGAGAUCGCUGGCGUCAACUAAGGCGGUUCACUCUCACCACACUGAGUGAUUUCGGAAUGGGACGCAAACGAAUGGAACAGUGGAUUCAAGAAGAGAGCAGACAUUUGCUGAAGAGCUUUGAGGAAACCAAGUCAACACCAGUCGACCCAAUCUUCUUCCUAAGCCGGGCAGUGUCCAACGUGAUCUGUUCAUUGGUGUUUGGUCAGCGCUUUGAUUAUGAAGACAAAAACUUUCUGGGCUUUCUCCAGAUCCUCUCCAGACUCCUGCGUUUUGGCAGUAGCCCUUGGGGUCAGCUGUACAAUAUAUUCCCUCGACUAAUGGAACACUUGUCUUGGAGUCACCACACCAUCUUAAAAGAGAUUGAUGACAUCCAUACCUUCAUUAUGAAUAGGGUUAAGGAGCAUGAGCAGAAUUUAGACUUCUGUGACGCAAAGGAUUUUAUUGACUGCUUUCUUAUCAGGCUUACUCAGGAAAAAGACAAUCCUGAAACAGAAUUCCACAAAAAUAACUUGAUGGCAACAGCUUUAAAUCUGUUCAUAGCUGGUACAGAAACCACCAGCACAACUCUCAGAUAUGCCCUGAUGCUUUUGAUCAAACACCCCCACAUACAGGGUAAGACAUUUAUUUCUGUAGCAUUUUAUACAAUACAGAUUGUGUCAAAACAACUUCACAGAGAUUAACAGGAAAUAGCAAAAUCAGUUAUGGAAACUCAACUAUAGAGACUGCUGUAAAGCAUCUAUCAAAGAGAAGAAUUGUGUCAUUCCAUGGUUUCAAGUAUAGAUCAGGUUUUUCACACCGGUGGGGGAAGGAAGAGCUAGCUGUAGUCUCUUCAGGAGGUUGAAACAUGAAUAUAGAAUAUGCCAUUUAGCCUAUAGUAGAUGACUGGAUUUUCAUUGACUUAUUUUAUUUAUUUUAAGUUUAUUUUAAUAGGGACACUACAAUAAACAUAACUCCAGUCAAAGACUGGAAAAGAAUGCACUGCACAUAAAGAUUAUAUAUUAUACUAAUUUGCAUAUAUUGUCCAUAUAAAGGCUUUUCCAAAUAAUAAUAAUAAUAAUAAUAAAAACUAAUGUAACAAAUCCUUCAUAAAAUAUCCUCAUACACUGCAGAAUACAGAACAACCACAUGCCCAAGUUUUAUAGACUCUUGCAGUCCUAAUGUAUAACUAGUUACAAAGCAUAUAAAAAAGGUAAAUGUGUAAAGGGCUGGUUUAUUUUGGGCCACGCUUAACCUUCCAAGGUUUUAUUUAAUUUAUCACUUUAAACUCAUUUGGCAACAUAUUCCAAAGUUAAGAUCCCUUUACAGAAAAUGCUAUUUGCCCUUGUGAUAUUAUACAAAACCAAAUCCUACAAUUUCCAACCUCUGUGUUCCUAGUAGUUCUGCACAGGGACGUGCACAGGGGGGUUGCUCAGGUUGCCCGGGCAACUGCCCAUAUGCCCUUCUCGACUCACGUUGCCCAUCCGAGGUGAAAAAAAAAAAAAAAUUCGUACAAAGGAUGCAGAAUUUCACGUAGGCCUAGAUAAAAAAAUAAAAAAAUAAAUCGCAACGCCUCAUUCACUUCCAUAUUUGGGCACCCGUCUGAAAGUGAAAGUCGGUAGGGGAAGGGCAAACUCUCUAUACGUGGCUGCAGCGCUGCACGCGACCGGCACCUGAGCUGAGCCUGCAUGAGCGGGUGAGACGACUCAACGUUGUCGGAAAAAUAAUAGUAAGGUUAUAAUCGUUAACGAAAACGAACGAAAAAACGAAAACUAGUUGGGAAAAAAAAUUGUUUUAACUGAAAUAAAAAUAAAAACGAGGCAUUACAAAAAAACGAUAAUGUGUGUUUGGCAAAACUAACUAAAAUAAAAUAAAAUUAUAGAUUAAAUGUCCUUAGUUUUCGUCUUUGUCAAUGUCUUUCAUAGAGCAAACGUUCAGCUGCAUUUCAUUUCCCUGCGUCUCUCACUCAUAACGUUACUCGCGCGCGCACAGCCCUCCCCUCCGUGCACACCGCGUCUCCAUGAGAACGAGUGUUGGAAGCAAGUUCGCCAAAGGUUGGUAUCUCGUGAAAACCAUUACACAAUCACACAUUAAAAAGUGGUAUAAAAAUAUUUUUAACUCUUAAUAUAAUUUUGUCAGUGUGUUAAUGUCGACCCGAGAAGCGAUUGCUACUUUAGAAAGUUAACUAGACGCAAGUUUGAGGUAAAAUGCACUUGGGUUGUCGAUGUCAAAACACUAUUUAAGCUGUGAUUCAAGUACGGAAUAAUUGACGACGGGCCGUUGAAUUAUUAGAAAAAUAAUGCACACCUAAGGUGGUGAUUCGGUCACGAUUCGAAGCAGAGUCAAUUAUUCCGCUUAUACCACGGUUACCACACCUCAAGACAUCGAUCAGAUGAUAAAUUUAAGGGAUUCGUUCGGUUUUUGUACUUAAUCGCUAUUGUGGGUAGGACAAUUUCAUCCGCAUCUCAUCCAACGCUUCUUUUGCUGGUUUCACAAUGUCAUUUUAAAGCUGGUAAUGGAGGCUUGAGCCGUUGAUAGUAUUAUAAUGAAGUUAUUAAUGAAGUUAUUAGAAAGAGAGCGAGAGAGACAGACACACACAGAGAGAAAGAGAGAGAGAGAGAGAGAGAGAGAGCUUGUGUGAAUUAGACUGCAGCAGCGUCUCUAAACAGCGCUGUUAUUACCUCGCUAGUGAGAAAUGUCAUGUGUACUUUUGGAAAAUCGUCUGUCAUGUUGUUGUUUUUGUUAGUCCUGUAAUCUCCGUUAUUACAGUUUUACUAUGCGAAGUGAUAUGGAACUGUAAUGUGGUCAAGAGAGCUGCCUGGAACUACGUUCGCCAUGCUUUUCCCAGAAAAUAAUGUCACACCUCAGAACGUUCGUCAGCCAAUCAGAUUCAAGCAUUCAAUGGCCACGUAGUAUAAUUAUUAAAUAAUGUUAUGUAAUUUUUUUACUCUUACACUGAAUGUUUGCUCCUUCAUUCCAGAUGAGUAGGCUAUUGUAUAGGGUAAAUUUAGUAUAGGGUGUGAAAAUUGUUCAGCUGUGGAAUUUGUAUAGGGUGUGAAUUCUGUAUAGAAAAUUAUUGCUUGACUAAAGUAAAGCCGUCUCUCUCUUUCUCACCUCCUCCUGCUGGCCAUAGAGAAGGACAUAGGAAUCGACAAGAAAGAAGUUCUGAAGAUUUUUGUUGAAAUGGUAUCGAGUGAGAUUCAUGCCAAAACCUCACACACACACACAAUGUGUUUUACUCACACCCAACGAUUCACAAACAAACUCAGUGUGGUUUGCAAAUACAAAAAAUCACUCACAAACUAAUGCAUUUUGUUCUGCAAAUAAAAAACGUAGCUAUCAAACAAAUACAGUACGUUUUACAUAUACAAAGAAACGUACGUCUUCAAUGACAAAAAUAUCUUCCAAGUACAAACUAAAAUCUUUCAAGUACAAAACAAAAUCCUUCAAAUACAAAACAAAAUCCUUCAAGUACAAAACAAAAUCCUUCAAGUACAAAACAAAAUCCUUCAAGUACAAAACAAAAUUCUACAAGUACGAAAAACUGUCACGUGACUUUUGGCACAAAUUUUCCACCUUGCUGAUCCACACGCAAAUGCCUUCAGAUCCACACACAUGCUAGUAAACUGUCAUGUAAUUCGCACUCCACAACAGCGGGUGGCGCUGUUAGCGACUUGCUUGGCGCCGCCACCGACAUGGAAACAGGAGAGAAAAAGAAACGCUAGCAUGAAGGAGGUUUUGCACACGAUGAGCGGCCAACAGGUGAGUUUCCAGUCAUUGCUGGUGAAAAAUCAGCCCGAAGGGGUUGUUAUUCGCUAUAACAACCGCCUCGCCAUACACGAUCCCACUUAUUACAUUGCUACCUACAAAAUAAAUAAAUAAUUUGACAAAAUGUAUUGAUUUUAAAAACGAUUGUAUUGCUUCCGCUAAAGAAAAUAGUCCAUUCCGCGCCCAUAUCAACGGUCUGUUUUUCAUGGCAAGGGUGUGUUUAGACCUCCAAAUCAACCCUGGUCUUCUCCUGCUAGUGUCUAAUAGAAUAUAGAGGCUUUAUUCCAUGUCAAAUCAGUCAGAAUCCAGGAAAGUGGUUGCAGCAACAUCUCAGAUGAAGAGUUUUUCUAUAUUAUAUUUGGGUCCCAAAACCAAGGCCUGUAAAAAUAUUCAUAUUUUUUGUCAGUCCUUGAGAUUGUCAUUUUUAUAGCAUCAAAAACACUAUCAGAGAACCAUGUUUGGGCAUUAAUAUCUUAAAGUGUUAUUCAUAGCCUCACCGAACUUUGCAGGAUGGAAGACAAACAUGUUCUUAGUAUAACUGAACCAAAGUUUGUACUGCAUGUCUAUUGAGAUUCUACAAGGCCCUAGACUUGGGUAAAUGGCUAAACCCCUGAUACUGAGGGUAUUAUAAACUCAUUUUAGAAGAAUACAGCCCACUUGUGUGCAGCUCAAUUGUGUACUCAUGAGCAGACUUUGAGAGAAAAAGAAAUGCAUAAACCCACACACAUGACCAAAGACAAAUGGCAUCCUCCUGUUGACUUGUCUCAUCUAGCUGAAGAAGAGCAGGAGAUUGCGAAAUGUAUGUUAUUCGACCAGUCAGAUGUCUUUGCUAAAGAUGACACCGAUAUUGGUUGCAUUUCUGACUUACAACUUAAAAUCUACUUAAAAGAUGAUACACCAGUCCAAAGGUCCUACAACGCAGUCCCAAAGCCCUUGUAUAGAGAGGUUAAGGAACAUGUUCAAAAGCUGCUAGAUCAUGGAUGGAUUAGAAAGUCUGUAUCACCUUAUUCCUCUCCCGUGGUCUGCGUAAGGAAAAAAGAUAUGAGCCUACACCUUUGUGUUGAUUUUCGUGGACUUAACAGCAAAACUAUCCCCGACCGUCACCCCCUUCCACGUAUUCAGGACCUAUUAGAUAGCCUGGGAGGUUACUCAUGGUUUUCCAUACUCGACCAGGGCAGUGCAUAUCACCAGGGCUUUGUUGAGGAGAACUCCAGGCACCUGACAGCUUUCAGCAUGCCUUGGGGAUUGUAUGAGUGGAUCCGUCUUCCUUUUGGCCUUUCCAAUGCGCCGGCGGCUUUCCAAAGAUGUAUGGAGGGUGUAUUGAGUGGUCUGAGGGAUGAAUGCUGUUUUCCCUACUUAGACGAUGUUCUCUGCUUUUCCAAAUCCUUUCAGGACCACGUCAAAGAUUUGAAGAGAGUCUUUUGCCGCUUACGGGAGCAUGGUGUAAAAUUACGACCAAAGAAGUGUGAAUUAUUUAAACGGCAGGUGCGGUAUGUUGGGCGCCUAGUUACAAGUGAAGGCAUUCAAGUCGAUCCCAAGGACUUGGAAGCAGUGAUGCAAUGGAAGGAGCGGGAACCAAAGAAUGUUGGAGAAGUAAGAGCUCUUUUGGGAUUUUUGGGCUACUAUCGGUCCUUCAUUCAGGAUUUUUCCCGAAUAGCCCGACCACUGUUUAAGCUUCAAGAGAGUCCUGAGGCGUCUGGGGAGAAAUCUGUCGAAACUAGGACAACUAAGCAAAGUAUAAAAAAGGGUCAGCUGCCAUCCAAGACACCAGUCCAGUGGACCCCUGAACACUGUGCUGUGGUUGCUUCCCUUGUCGACAUGUUGACCACCUUUCCUAUCUUGGCAUACCCAGACUUUAAUUUACCUUUUGUCCUUCACACCGACGCAUCUAAUGAAGGUCUGGGGGCGGUACUCUAUCAGGAACAAGGGGGUAAACUACGCGUUAUCGCCUAUGGCUCGAGGACACUCACACCCGCUGAGAAGAAUUAUCACCUCCAUUCUAACAAGCUUGAGUUCCUUGCCUUAAAGUGGGCCAUUUGCGAUAAAUUCCGGGAUUACCUUUACUACGCACCCACGUUCACCGUAUUCACAGAUAAUAAUCCCUUUACCUAUAUCCUGAGUACCGCCAAGUUGAGUGCUGUUGGGCAUCGUUGGGUGGGUGAAUUGGCCGACUUUCAUUUUACAAUAAAAUAUAGACCAGGCAGGACAAACACUGAUGCUGACACCCUAUCACGGUUCCCAGUGAAGCUCCAGGACCACAUCAGAGAGUACUCUGAGGUUUUACCUCCAGAUGUUGUGUCUGCCAUAUGGCAGGGAGAUAAAGCCCAGAGAGAAAGAGAAGUACCGUGGGUUGCGGCUCUUCAGCUGGGCUCCACUGAUGAUAAUAUGCUCCCGGCCAGUAUACCCUUGUUUCCUCCAGAAGACAUUCGAGCUGCCCAAAAAGGAGAUGCUUCCAUCGUUGACGUGAUUGCAUUGAAAGAGAAAGGAUGGAACCCCAAUGACAAAGACAAGAGACAAAUGGGACCCACCACACGACGACUCAUACACGAAUGGAGUAAACUUAGACUCGAACAGGGAAUUUUAUACAGACAAACCGGACAACACAGACAGCUGGUUCUCCCUGAUUCUUUGAAGUCUCUUGUGCUCAAACACCUUCAUGAUGACAUGGGGCAUGUCGGCGCUGACAAAGUUACCCACCUGGCAAGGCAAAAUUUUAUUGGCCUUUCAUGCAGCGUGACAUAGAAGAUUAUGUCAUCCGCCAGUGCCCAUGUAUUAAACAAAAGCGGCCUGCUGUUCCUGAAAAGGCACCAAUGGGCUCAAUUACAAUGAGUGUACCAUUUGAGCUACUGUCUGUUGAUUAUCUGCAUCUUGAACCGAGUAAGGGUGGCUACGAGUAUAUCUUGGUUCUUGUAGAUCACUUUACUCGUUACGCCCAGGCCUACCCAACGCGGAACGAAUCUGGAAAAACGGCUGCUGAAAAGAUUUUCUUUGACUUUAUACCACGCUUUGGGUAUCCACAAAAGCUUCACCAUGAUCAGGGUCGCGAAUUUGAGAAUAACUUAUUCCAGCGGCUUCAGCAACUGGCUGGCAUUACCCAUUCUCGAACGAUACCCUAUCAUCCACAAGGGAACCCCGUUGAGCGUUUAAAUAGAACACUGCUUCAGAUGCUACGGACACUGUCAGAGGAAAAGAAAUCUGAAUGGAAAGACCACUUACCACACAUAGUGCAUGCAUACAAUUUUUCGAGACAUGAAGCCACAGGUUAUUCACCAUUCUUUCUCCUCUUUGGAAGGGCCCCACAGUUGCCCAUUGAUUUGAUUUUUAACCUGGAUCCUGAGCCACAGACUGAAACCCGUCAGGAAUUUGCACAGAAGUGGGCUUCUCGGAUGCAGGAGGCAUACAAGAUCGCCUCUGAACAUAGUAAAAAGAGCUCUGCAAAAGGGAAAAAAUACUAUGAUCGUGGUGUCAGAGGAAGUGUGCUUCAGCCAGGUGAUCGUGUGCUUGUACGCAACCUAUCAGAGAGGGGCGGGCCCGGCAAACUCCGUCCGUACUGGGAGAACAAGGUUCACCGUGUUGUUGAGAGGAUGGGAGUUGGUCCUGUGUAUCGAAUUCAAGCUGAAACUGGUGAUCGCACUCUACGUGUCUUGCACCGUAAUCUUCUUUUGCCUGUGAAUGAUCUGCCUAUUGAACAUAAUGGAGAGGACAAUCGGACACGGAAACAACAAAGGCAGAGGCAACAUCACAAGAACAGCCAACAUCACAGGCCUGAUACCUUAGAGCACGACUCCGGUGAUUCAGGGGAUGAGGAAGAAUAUGCUUGUAAUCCCAGACCAGUCCCAGUAUAUGAAAGGGGAAAAGCCACUCUCAAACAGUCCCAUCAUGAGCCAGGUAGUGAUCUACGAGUAGCGGCACCAGAGUUUCAUCCGGAACACCAUAGAGCUGAGCCAGAUAACCCUCAAACAUAUGAGCAACCACUCCGGUUUGUGACACCAGAAUCAGAGCAAGUACUGGCUGACCUGUUGCCAUCUCUGGAAACUCAGGAACAAGUAGACGACUACAUAGCUGGAAGAAGUAAUGAGGAUACUGACCUGGGAGUGGAGCCGGUUGCACAGCCAAUGAAUGGGGAAGACAUCACCCUGCGGAGGUCAGCACGGACAGUAAAGCCAAAGGAGAUGUUCACAUAUAAUCAGAUGGGACAACCCACAUACCUACCUUGGAGACCAGGAGUGAAUGCAAUGCACACCUGUGUACUGUACCCUAUUCAUACUUACCCUGUCAUACCUGAUGCCUCUCACUAUCCUUCUCCACUUGUGUGGGCAUAUUAGACUUAAGAAAGGACAAAUGAGGCAGGACUGCUGACAUUCAAAUACUUACCUGUCCUUUGAUCAGACUGAUAGCUAAUUUCUCUUAUCUUCAGAAAAAAAAAAAGUUCUUAUAUUCUGUUGGGUUAGUUCUGGAUGCCCGGAGGCAUCUCUUAAAGCUGGGGAGAGUGUAAAGGGUGUUAAAAUGUUUAUUCAAUAAUUAAUUGAAAACUGAUACCUCCCUAUAUUUUUUUUAAUGUGAACACCAAUAGUUCAGAAUCAGUUCACCGCCACGCCAACGGAUGGCGCUUGAGCGCUCCUGUGAAGCACACCAUAGAGACUAGUUUUUUCCCGGGUGCGAUCUCAGAAGUAAACUGACGCACCAAAGGAACGACACUCAUUUUGUCUGUCUCUUUAUUUAUUCACAGGUAAAAUAAUAUGCACUUUAAACAUUCUUCUGAUUGUUCACAUGACUAUAGGAAGGUUUAGGAACGUGAUUGUGAAGUGUUUUGAGUAACUUUGUCAUGUUUUAAUGUGUUUUAUACAAAUUGAAUUAAGUCAAGGGUCUUAAAUGCAAACGAUUUAUUGUUUAGUAAAUGCAUUCAAAAGUAUUGUUAUACAGCAUUGUGGUGAUGUUUGAGUGUAUUGGCAGUGCAAGGGUGCUUUUUAUUUUUGUGUUUUAAUUGAGUAGUUGAUUAUAUCUGUUACAUUAACAAUUCAAUCGCCAUUUUGAGUGCUUUGCGCACACGCUUAAUGAAUGACACGAGUCAAUCUGGGUGAAGUGGUGUAUGUAAAAUGGUGUUGGAUUUUAGUUUAUACAUUUUGUGUGUUUAAGUGACACAUUUGUCAUCUUUCUAGUAAUGAGUGACAUUUAUGUGAAUCUUUAUUGAUUUAUUUUGUACACACUCUUCUUUCCACAUAAUAUGUAAAUUAUAUAUUGCCCUUAUGUGAAACAGGCUAUGGAAUGCAAGUGUGUAUGUAUUCAUAUAUCUUAUGUGUACACCAUAAGUUAAUGUGCAGAUGAAGUUAUUUUUGUAUGUAACUAAAGAAGUGUUUACAAUUACUAAAGUUUUAAGAUCUCAGAAGUAAACUGACGCACAAAUGGAACGACA